AUGGGUAGAAAGAAAGUACAAUUGGCUAUGUUGGCCUUGGCAGCAGUCACCAUAGCUGCUGGUGGUGCCUCAGCUCGUCCCAUAGAAGAACCUACCAGCUUGAUCGCUCAAAAACAUCAAAAGCAAACUGAAGGCAAAAAUUUCAAUGCCAAAGGUAAUGUGCCAGCAGCUGGACACCAUGGCAAAUCCACUUCUAAAGAAAAUUCUGCUUCGUACAUUGGGAACAUCAAAAACAUCAACAAUCAAAACAUCAACAAUCCAAACAUCAACAUUCCUUCGUCCUUUGGAAACAAAAACCUCCCAAACAAUGUUGGAAACAUAAACUUGACAAAUCCUUCGUUCUUUGGAAAUGAAAAUAUCAUAAACGCAAAUGACGCUUCGGCCGAUAAAAACAACGUUGGAAACAAGAAUGCCACAAACAUUGAUGGCGCUUCGGCUGUUGGAAGCGAUAUAGGAAACAACAAUGUCCCAAACGUCAAUGUUGGUUCGGACAUCGGAAACAAACACAUCACAAAUGUCAAUAAUGAUAAUUCAUUAAAUGCUCCCGAUAAUAAAUUCACCAAUGAUGAUUCAUCAAACGGUUCCAAUAAUAAACCCAACAAUAAUGAAUCGAACAUUGGUGAUUUGUCAAUUGGUUUUGGUAAUAAACCCAACAAUGAUGCUACGUCAAGUGGAUCCGAUAAUAACAAUGAUGAAUCGAACACUGGUGAUUUGUCAAUUGGUUCCGGUAAUAAAUCCAACAAUGAUGAUGGUGAUUCGUCAAAUGGCUCCGAUAAUAAAUCCAACAAUGAUGCUUCGUCAAAAGGAUCCGAUAAUAACAAUGAUGAAUCGAACACUGGUUCAAUUGGUUCCGGUAGCAAUGAUGCUACGUCAAAUGGAUCCGAUAAUAACAAUGAUGAAUUGAACACUGGUGAUUUGUCAAUUGGUUCCGGUAAUAAAUCCAACAAUGAUAAUGAAGAUUCGUCAAAUGGCGCCGAUAAUAAAUCCAACAAUGAUGUUUCGCCAAAAGGAUCCGAUAAUAACAAUAAUGAAUCUAACACUGGUGCAUCGUCAAUUGGUUCUGGUAGCAAUGAUGCUACGUCAAAUGGAUCCGAUAAUAACAAUGAUGAAUCGAACACUGGUUCAAUUGGUUCUGGUAGCAAUGAUGCUACGUCAAAUGGAUCCGAUAAUAACAAUGAUGAAUCGAACACUGGUGAUUUGUCAAUUGGUUCCG